UGGUUUGGUUUGGUUAGAACUUGCAUCCUCAAAUCAGACUUCAGUAUCUGACAGGAUAUCCUGGACUAGCCUACCCUCACUACCGUGGUGGAGGAGGAGCAGGACAUCCUGGAGGAGGAACUCCUGGUCUUCCUCAGCAACAACAUCAUCAACUUCAUCAGAAACAAGAUGAUCAAGGAGAAACAGUUCUUUCUGCCAAUGGUUUAGCCGUGUAUCCUGGUGGUGAUGGAUUAGUAUGGAGUGGACCUGUAUACUAUCAGUAUACCGGAGAACAGCAUACUAAAGACUGUCCUAGAAGCAGAAACCACAGUGGGUUCAACCAGAUGUCAAAUCAUUGUUCCAAUACUGAACCCUAUAUUGUAGAAGAUCCUGAUUCAAACCAACGGUGUGGAUUUCCCCCUGCUUCUGUUUAUGCUAAUCAUUUGUGUGGACCCCCUCCCUAUGUCCCACCUCCUAAAGUCAACCAAUGGAGUUUAGAGGAUGACGAGAUGAAGUUUGGACCUUUUUCUGACGGCGAAGCUGAGACAAUAAAACGCUUGCCACGUCUCUCUCGACGUGGUGGCCACCCCCAUGGGAGAAGUCAACAUCCUCAUUAUGCCACCAUGAGCCGACGAUUGGAGGGGCGUGAUGAUCAUGUUGGUAGGUUAAGAGGAGGUCCGAGAUAUAGCUCCCAGCCACAGCUUAAUCAGUCAAGGGACAGAUCUGAUACAGCAAUUCCAGGGAUUCUGUCCCCCUUCUCAAUGAAAACUUCAAUCACACUUCCUCGUCGCCUGGAUUCUAAACUUUCAAAUGGUUAUCCAGACCUAGCUCGACACCCCCUCUCCUACUCUUCUGUACCUCCAACCUUCUCUACACUACCUGUACCUAAUCCAUACUCCUCCUCCUCCCCCCAACCCUACUCAUCAACUCCAGAACCAUACAAUCCACAACCCUUCAAUACUACAACCAACAACUCUGUACAGAUAGAACGGACGCAAAGUUUAGACUCAGAAUAUCAUCCAUCUAGGUCUUCCUCUGUAGGGGAAAUAGACCUUGGAGACAAAGGCUCCAACCCUCCUGGAUCCUGGAGAAUUAGGACAAAUGAAAACCAAUGGGACGGAGAACUUGAAUAUCAAAAUUGGAACAAUUCUCAGAUUCCUCAAUUGUCAAGAAUUAACGGCCAUGGACGAAACCAAUCCUGGGAUCCUGACUCCGGCUGGCCGGAGGUGAAAGGCGAGGAAUGGCUGGAGAACAGGAAUCAAAAUGGCCGCCGCGAGUCUUCCACGUGGCAAGAUGGCCGUUGUGAGCCUUCCACGCGGCAAGAAAAUCGGAUUUCCCAGUCCCAUUGGGUUGAUGGCGAUGGACAGGAUUGGAUUGAGCAUGAGGAUAGGACUGAAUCCUGUAGGAAUACACUACAGAGGUCGGGCAACCUUAAACGACCUCGAUCUGGGGCUGUUAAGGUUGACCUAUCCUGGGCGGAUACAAGAAUAUUAUUGUUUAGUGCUGAUGAGCCAAUGAUGAAUGGAGGAGGAGGAUCGUCUGUGAAAAAAUCCUCAAGCACAAAAAAUCGACGAAAAUCUGCGGAUCGGACAAGUCGAGCUCGAUCUACCAGCUCGGAUCGAACUGCUCGAACUCCUUGUCGUAAACCCGGUGUCUCCCCCGGAGGCCGUAAACAAGUUGUGUUUGCUGGUUUAGAGGACAACUCAUCAACCUCCUCCGAGGAUAAAAACUCUAAAGAAAGCUUGAACAGUGAGAAUGAGGUUUGGGUAAAAAGAUCUGAUAAGUCAGGUUUAGAUGAUGAUGAUGAUGAUAUCCCUGUGACAGGAGUAGUUAUUGCUAAACCAUCUGCUUGUCAGUUCUAUCAGAAUGCACAAAAAUAA